UGAUCCUAUUGGCUGCGGCUGUCUGGGAGGUGGGGCGAGGCCUGCGGGGCGGAAGAAAACCUGGGAGUUUUCAGGAGAGCGGGAGCUGCACACGGAGCUGCCCCGGUUCUUGGCUCUGACACCUGACCUCGGGUGCUCCAACGGGCCACAGGAUGGAGGAAGGUGAGGAUCCAGGAAGCCUGAUUAAAGUGGUCCACUUGCUGGUCCUGUCUGGUGCCUGGGGCAUGCAGAUGUGGGUGACCUUUGCCUCAGGCUUCCUGCUCUUCCGGAGCCUUCCUCGGCACACCUUUGGGCUCGUGCAGAGCAAGCUCUUUCCGGUCUACUUUCACGUCUCCUUGGGGUGUGCUUUUGUCAACCUCUGCAUCUUGGCUCCACAGCGAGCCUGGAUCCACCUCACACUGUGGGAAAUGAGUCAGCUUGCCCUGCUGCUCCUGAGCCUCACACUGGCCACCAUCAAUGCCCGCUGGCUGGAGGCUCGCACCACGGCCGUCAUGUGGGCCCUGCAGGCUGUGGAGAAAGAGCGAGGCCUGGGUACAGAGGUGCCAGGCAGCCACCAGGGCCCCGACCCCUACCGCCAACUGCGGGAGAAGGACCCCAAGUACAGCGCUCUCCGCCAGAAAUUCUUCCACUACCACGGCCUGUCUUCCCUCUGCAACCUGGGGUGCCUGCUGAGCAACGGGCUCUGCCUUGCUGGCCUUGCCCUGGGGCUCAAGAGCCUCUAACAUGGGCCCUAUGUACCAAUAAAUGCUUCUUUGGA